CUCUUUUUAAGUUCUCGAUCAAAUGUCUGCGUAAAUACAUGAAAAUCAAACCAAAAAGCAAGUAUGCCUUAUUCAGUUCAUAUAAUUUAUAUGAAGCAUUAUUUUUGGUUUAUCUUACAUCCCGUCGUGUUAUUGAACAGCGUUUAAGAGAUAUUCUUUAUUUAACGGAAGUCUUGAAAGAUGAUUUAAUCGGUACUAUUACUUUUGAUAAAUAUGGCUCACAAGUUGUCAACGCAGCAUCAACCUCUCAAGAUGAACAAUUAGAGAUAUGCAAGUUCUGUUGCGAGAACUUGGCGUCGAACAGUUAUUGACGCCCGACGCGAUCUUUUUGGACAACACCUUCGCGGAAGACAAUCAAUUCGUGCACUUCGGCAAUGCCGUGCACCGUGCUCGUGUCAAGGUCACAGAGGAUAACGUCACUGCUACUGCGGUAACCUUGAUCAGUGGACAAGAACCCAGUUCGAACGAUAUUAUAAGCAACAUGUAUCUGAAUUAUCCGUUCGUUUGGCUAAUUUACGACAAAAUGAAAGCAGAUAUUCUUUAUAUCGGCGUAUUUAAUAAAGUUGACAAGAAUACCGGCACUUUAUUGAAUGAAAUCAAUUUCUCAGAAUGGUUUCACAAACAAUUGUAUGAGACAUAUCCUUCGAGUAGCUCGCGACGUUCAACCUAAUCGUCGGGAAGUUUAAAAGUCUUCAUUACAAUGAUUACUAAAAGGGGCGCCAGUUAGAAGUUUUUAGAUAUUGGCUUAAUUAUUGAGAAUUUGUUUGAAAAGACUUUACGGCAAAUCAUUUCGAAACUUUUAGGCAUUUGUUAUUAAAUUUUUACGAGUGGAAAAUUUUUUUGGCCAAAAAUAUGGACUUUGAUACCGCCUUUGAGGAAUUUUAUCCCCGGUGGGUGUUGGAAAUCGACGAGCAAUCUUGUAUCUCCAAAUUUUGUCU